AUGGUCAAGAAGGCCUCAACCACCGCGCCCGCAGACGCCGAGGCCGACGAGCGCCGCCGCCUCCGCUCGCUCGCCUUCUCCAACGGCCUGCUCCAUCGAGGCGACCGGGCAGCACCGCGGGCGCCGCUCGCGCCGUCGGGUGCCGUCACGCGCCUGCAGGGCCGCGACGUCGUGCGCCGGGGCGGCCAGCGGAAGAGCCGCUACCUCUUCUCCUUCCCUGGCCUCCUCGCGCCAGCAGCCUCGGGCGGCCGGAUCGGGGAGCUCGCCGACCUCGGCACCAAGAACCCCGUGCUGUACCUCGAGUUCCCACAGGGAAGGAUGAAGCUCUUCGGGACGCACGUUUACCCCAAGAACAAGUACCUCACGCUGCAGAUGACCAGGUCAGCCAAGGGCGUCGUCUGUGAGGACGUCUUCGAGAGCCUGAUUGUGUUUUCUGAAGCCUGCUGGGUUGGAACAAAGGAAGAUAAUCCGGAAGAGCUCAAGCUUGAGUUUCCAAAAGAAUUCCAAAAUGAUGGCACAGCAGCAGACUGUGAUUUCAGAGGUGGUGCAGGUGCUGCCAUCGAUGAAGCAACUGGAAGCAAAGCUGGAAAGGAAAUCGCAGAACCUCGUUCCCUGAAGUUUGCAUCUGAUGAUGAUGAUGCUUCUGAGGGUUCAGAUCAUAAGGAUGAGAAUAACACACAGACUAUGAGUGGAACACCAGUUAGACAGUCUGCUAGGAAUGCAGGGAAAACCUUGAAAAGGUACACAGACUUAUCUUCUGGAGGUGAUUCAUCUGACAAUGAUGAUGAAACUGCUGAGGAGAUGGAGAGUCCAGAAGUUAAGGAUGAGAGUGAAAACGAAGACAUCAAACCUGCAGAUUCUUCAACAGUGCGCCUCUCUAGUAAGAAGGAGCCUCUUGUUCAGGCUACUUUGUCUAGCAUGUUCAAAAAGGCAGAAGAAAAAAAGAGAUCUAUAAAGAGUCCUAAAGGGUCCCCUGCAACCAAAGGUGCUGCUGCUAAGAAGCAGCGAGCAAGUCCAAUGGCAAAACAGCCAGCAGGGAUCAAGAAGGCUAGCGGAACACGGGGAAAGAAGAAACCAAAGGUGGAAGAAGAUGAAAUCAAAGAGCUCUCAAGUUCCUCCCAGAUGAUGAUAGUGACGAGGACUGGGCCGAGUAAUGCCCUUGUAGAUGAAUCACAUCUCAUGCAUGGCAGCAUGGGUACAGAAGGAUGGGUUGGCAAAGAAUGCGUAAUUGAUGUGCAGUUGAACAGAAGGAUGGAUUGGGAGGAUGGCACAGAAGCUGCUGUUUUCAUCGACUGA